AUGACGAUUGCCCCAAGCAAUAGACACAUGCACGAGUGGCUAACAGAGGUGCAGUUCUUGCCUGAAGGGAAGUAUAAAGAUUUGGGCAUUGAGACUAGAUGUCGCGCCGUCUUGAGCGAGCACGGCCUGCUCCAGCUCUUCUUCUGCCGGAGAGAUGCUGUAGACUGCACCUCUGACAACAGCAGCGAUAAGUAUCGCACGACUACCUCGUACAAACUGUCCACGUCCACCGACCUUCAGGCGCUCGUGCAGGAGCUGCGGCAAUUGCGACGAUUCUGGCGCCUUCAGGCCGAGCAGUGCGCUGCUUGGAACAAGGUUGAACACAAGCACUUUCUCUCAUCCCUUACUGACAUUACCAAGCAGAAUAGGAGGGCUAGUCAGGCUAAAGCCAAAUUGUGGGAUACGCGUGGCCGGAAAGCCGUGAUAGCCGGGAUGACCGCUCCGUAUGUGCUGCUUGUCGCGCCCAUAGAAACCCACCACUCUGCCCUGGUGGCUUGGUUCGUGCGUCUUCGGGCCUUGUUUCCCGCCUCCGACGGCUUUGUCUACUCCUUCUUUCAGUAUAGCGUUGGCGAAGGCCAGCCGGACGAGAGGGCAAGGAAGAGAUACAAGUGUGUUCGGAUCGGCAGAAAGCAAGAGAAUGGCCGCGUGGCUGCUGUGAUGACCGCGAUUCUGAUGUCCAGGUGCUACUUCACCCAGAAAAGGAGGCUUCUCGAUCUCAUUACGCAGCAGCAGGUCUGGUGCGCCGAGGCUGAGGUGCUAUAUCAGACUGGUCGGCCAGCUUACCUCGCCACCAUCGAGCCCGCUUCGGGGGAGCUCACGAUUCAUGACAUCCCUGACCCGCUGGGCCCUUUUAUUCCUGUUGAGCGGCGCUUCCUGACGUCCGGUAACACAAGCAGCGCCUCGAAGCGGCUGCAUACACGCCUCUAUCUCAAGGAGGUCUUCAAGAAGGCCACCAGAGAUCGAGUUCGGUCUGUGGGGAGCCGGAGUUUGAGCCAGUUGGGAAGAGAGAACGCUACGCCGCGAAGAUCAAGUCGCUGGUGA